UCCUGCGAGAGUGUGACAAGGAGUGCGUCAUAGGCGACGUCCGUCUUAACAUUCUCACAUGACUCCUUAAGUUUUGUCAUUUCCUUUUAAGGUGAACAUCUAAGGUACCUGGUAGCCCUUUUCGCAGUUUCAGAGGAUAUAAAGAAAUCACUGUUAGGCGUUUUGCGGGACCCGGAGUCAACCUAGGAGAGUAGCAAAGUUAUCAACGUUAGGAUUGUAGUAGUCUGACCUUGGCAAUAGUUUACGACAUGGCCUACCUACGGAUGAUGUACUUGAGCGUUUGUGUUUGCGUCGUGGCGUCCCAGCUCGCGCAAGCUGCUCCGAUCCAGGGUCCUACGAUCCAGGAUCCCACCAGCAAGGAUCCCGCGACCAAGGAUCCCAAGACCCAGGAUCCCGUGAAGAUGGACCUGUUAUUCAUCGUGGACAGCAGUGCAGGUGUGGGGCAGAGGCAGUUCCACAGAUUCAAACGGAGCAUGAAGACGACAGUGCGCAAUUUCCCCGCCGCCAUCAACAAGGAUAACGUCAGGGUGGCCAUGAUCAUGUUCUCGGACGAGGCCGACACUCGCGUGGUCUUCCACCUGGACAACACGUUCGACAAGGAGGAGAUCAUACACGCCAUCGGACAUGCUAAAUACACAGGGAAUCCAGGCAGAAUGAUGGGGAAGGCUCUGGGCCUGGCUAAGGACGAGGUUUUCCAGCAGGAGCGGGGUUCGCGGGAGGACGCGCACCAGCUGGUUUUCCUCAUGACUACCGGGCCGAGUGACGACCCUGAGGAGGUCAAACACCGUGCUGCGGAACUGUUGAACAACGGAGUGGAACUCUUUGCCACUGGAAUCGCCAUCGACUCACCCGUGGACAAGGAGGAGUUGUCGAAAAUUGUGUCGGCUCCCCCCGAAACUCACCUGUACAUCCUGCAAGCCGGUCCCUGAACGAACACAUCAGCUACAUGUAGUGCCAGCACGUUAUUCUGAUUGGAAAUGGGCUGGGCAUCAUGAAAAGACAGCCGUACAGUGUGUAGCUCUGUAACUGACGCACCACUGCCAUUUUAUGUUCCCACAAUGUAUCAUUUCAUGCCAAGCGGUUCAGUCAUCCAUCGAACGUUCUACAAUACAGUGGUUGUUAGAGCAUACCAUACCGUUUAAAGUUAAAACUUUUGGUCCAACACAAAAAAACUCUCUCACCUAGAGCUUUCGACCAGUCACGCUUGU